AUGGCGAUUACUGUGUUUCGAAUGGGAUGUGAGGGUCAGCAGGACAUUGAAAUGGCCAUUCUUACAGCUUUGUUAAAAGGCACAAAUGCAUCAGCAGCAGACCAGCUCAGCUUGGCCCUGGCCUGGAACAGAGUGGACAUCGCUCGUAAUCACAUUUUUGUUUAUGGGCACAACUUACCACCCGCCGGAGCCAUCGCCAACACCACGACGUUCACAUUUCAGGAAAAAACCAAAAGCCCAGUCAGUGCUCCUCGCAACAAGAUUCGGGCCAAAAAAGGAAAAGGGAAGGGAAAGGCAAAACCAGAACCUCCAGAAGAAACCGACCCAAGGAAGCUGGAGCUGAUCCGCUGGUUUAUCGUCCGUCAGGUGAAUUCUCUGGAGCAGGCUAUGAUGGAUGCUCUGGUGCUGGACCGAGUGGACUUUGUCAAGCUUCUGCUGGAAAAUGGAGUCAACAUUCAUCAUUUCCUCACUAUUCCUCGUCUUGAGGAAUUAUACAACACAAAACUUGGCCCAGCGAAUACACUGCACGUGAUAGUGAGAGAUGUCAAAAAGGGAAACCUUCCCCCUGAUUAUCAGAUCACUUUGAUUGAUAUUGGUCUGGUUCUGGAGUACCUCAUGGGAGGAGCUUACAGGAGCAACUACACAAGGAAGGCUUUCCGCAACCUGUACAACAACCUGUAUGGACUAAAAAGGCCAAAAGCAUUGAAGCUCCUGGGAAUGGAGGACGAUGAACCGAGGCCAAAAGGUAAGAAAAAGCCCAAAAAGAAGAAAGAAGAAGAGGUGGAAAUUGACGUGGAUGACCCUGAGGUGUGUCGAUUCAAGUAUCCCUUCCAUGAGCUGAUGCUGUGGGCGGUGCUGCUGAAGCGCCAAAAGAUGGCGCUCUUCCUGUGGCAGCGUGGAGAGGAGGCCCUGGCUAAGGCUUUGGUGGCUUGUAAACUGUACAAGGCCAUGGCCCACGAGUGUUCUGAGAGCGAGCUGGUGGACGACAUCUCCCAAGACCUGGAGAACAACUCCAAAGAGUUUGGACAGCUGGCUUACGAGCUGUUGGACCAGUCCUACAAGCACGAUGAACAAGUGGCCAUGAAGCUGUUAACAUACGAGUUGGUCAACUGGAGCAACUCCACCUGUCUGAAGCUAGCCGUGGCUGCAAAACAACGAGAUUUCAUCGCUCACACCUGCAGCCAGAUGUUGCUCACUGACAUGUGGAUGGGCUGCUUACGGAUUGGGAAAAGCCCAGGCCUCAAGGUUAUUCUGGGAAUUGUUUUUCCUCCGUUUAUUCUGCUGUUGGAUUUUCGCAUUGGAGAUGAUGCUUCCUAUCAUGGACCUGGAGACAAAGAGGAGGGAAAAGAAAAGGAUGAAGAUGCAAAGUCCAGCAAGGAUCCCAACACUGAUGCAACUUCCCGGAAGGGGGAUGAGGAAGAAGGCAGCGCUGAUGUUCGUAAAGUUCCCGUUGGGAGAAGGUUCUUUGAGUUUUAUGAUGCACCCUUCACCAAGUUCUGGUUCAACACUAUUUCCUAUCUGGGUUAUUUGAUGUUGUAUAAUUAUAUAAUCCUGGUGAAAAUGGAGAGAUGGCCAUCCAUACAGGAAUGGACUGUGAUCGCUUACAUCCUCACUCUUGGAACUGAAAAAGUCAGACAGAUUCUGAUGUCAGAACCAGGGAAGCUAAAGCAGAAGAUAAGUGUGUGGAUGGAGGACUACUGGAACAUCACUGACCUGGCUGCCAUUUCCACCUUCAUCCUGGGGCUGAUGCUACGCCUGCACCCUGAGCCGUACAUGGGAUAUGGCAGAGUUAUCUACUGUAUAGACAUCAUCUUCUGGUACAUCCGUGUUUUGGACAUCUUUGGAGUCAACAAAUACCUGGGACCAUAUGUGAUGAUGAUAGGAAAAAUGAUGAUUGACAUGAUGUACUUUGUGGUGAUCAUGCUGGUGGUGCUGAUGAGCUUUGGUGUGGCUCGACAAGCCAUCCUUCACCCAGACGAGGAGCCAACGUGGCGCCUGGCCCGAAACAUAUUUUACAUGCCCUACUGGAUGAUCUAUGGGGAGGUUUUUGCAGACUCGAUAGACCUCUAUGCAAUGGAAAUAAACCCUCCAUGUGGAGAACAUCUCUAUGAUGAAGAUGGGAAGAGACUUCCUCCAUGUAUCCCCGGAGCAUGGCUCACACCUGCUAUUAUGGCUUGUUAUCUUCUCGUGGCAAACAUCCUUCUGGUCAACUUGCUCAUUGCGGUCUUUAACAACACCUUCUUCGAAGUCAAGUCUAUUUCCAACCAGGUGUGGAAGUUUCAAAGAUAUCAGCUGAUCAUGACAUUCCACGACCGUCCAAUUCUGCCUCCGCCUCUCAUCAUUCUCAGCCACCUCUACAUCCUGUUCAACAGGCUGUUCCGCCACUGCCUGAAGAAAAGGCAGGAGGGGGAGCUGGACGAGAAGGACCGAGGCCUUAAGCUCAGGCUUAAUCCAGAGGAGCUGAAGAACCUUUAUGAGUUUGAAGAACAAUGUGUAGAGGAAUAUUUCCGUGAAAAAGAGGAUGAGCAACAGUCCUCGAGUGACGAACGCAUCAAGGUUACAUCAGAGAGGGUUGAGAACAUGUCAAUGCGUCUGGAGGAGGUAAAUGAGAGGGAGAACACCAUGAAGGCCUCGCUGCAGACAGUUGACCUGCGUCUGGCCCAGCUGGAGGAGAUCCACGGACGUAUGGCAGUGGCCCUGGAAAAGCUCGCAGGGGUGGACCGAACUGAGCUGACCCGCACCUUUUCACGAAACUCCUCCGUGUGUGACCCUUCCUCUCUGCUUCGCCAAGGCAGCAUCAACAGUGCCGAUGGUUACAGUCUCUACCGCUUCCACAUGGACAUGGAAGAGUUUGCAUCCAAGCAGAGGGAUGAUGAGAAAUCUGGCCUUGAAAGACAGCGGAGUUUGCGCCAAGCAUCUAGUACUUGCGCCCUCUAUACUAAGGAGGGUAGUCAGAGCUUGGAAGUUUGUGGUUUGGAGCGAUCACGACCUGGUUCAUGCGUGGAUAUUCUCAUAUCUCCAUGUGAGCAAAAGCCUGCUUCUGGGGCAUCAAGUCAAGAGACCAUAGCCAACAUAAGGCAAGGCAGUACAAUGCUGCUAGAUAAACUAAUCGACACAAACAGGCUAAAACCUUUAUCUCCUAAAAGGACUAAGUCAUUGAAGUACUUCCCAGUUGAAGACCAAGCAACAUCUCCUUUGACAAAGAGACGAGCCAUGAGCACUAUCGCGGCCCACCCCUCCAAUAAUUCAGAGGAAACCGCUGAGCCAACGCGGGAGGUCAAACUUCUAGCAACAUCCUGUUCUCCAAGAAGGGCAAAGUCCCUGAGAGUUCUUCCAAGGGUAACCCAAAGCCAGACAUCUCCUAUCACUAAGAGGAGGGCUAUGAGUGGCCUCAUUUACAACCCAGCUGAGGCAAGUGAUGAUAUGCUGACUGAAGCUCGAAAUCAGUGGCCGGCAAAUCCAGAGCACAAUACCCAACAUGGCGCUUUAGUUUCCAUAUCUCAAGCAUCGUCUGUCAAAACCCUUGCAGAGCUGUUUCAGCCUUGUUCCACACUUACAGAUGAUGAAGGGCUGAAUCGUGCUGACACAACUCCUUCAGGAGGUGAAGAAGCGCCAUUGGAAACAAAUCAAGGGGAAGACCAAUUAGGAGCAAAGGCCAAGAGAAACCUCUCAGACGCCAAUGAUUAUCUGACUGUGGUUGAUGAGAAAUAUUUACGAUCUCAAAGGUCACAAAGCUGCAAUGCUAGUGACAGAAAAGCAAAACCCUUGGUUUUACCAAAUGAGCCGAGAGCCUGCAGCAGUGAGAGGGACCUCACUGGGGUCAGCCGACUACCAGCUGCUAAUGGACGAGAUGAGAGGAGGACGGAGGCGGGAAAGUCUGAAGAUGAUGCAUAG